UGACUUUUCACCUUUUCAAGCAGCGACGACGAGCGAGCGAGCGAGCUUGUGUGUGUUGAAAAUUACGAAAUAAAUCAAAGUUUUUUGUCAAAAAUCGAAUUUUUGUGUGAACGCAGAUCGCGCAUAUUUGUUGAUUUGAAAGUCAAAAACAGUAGUUAAAUUACACAAAAAUGGCUUCGGUUUGUGGGCGUAUGGCUUUGCGUGCGGCGACACGUCAAAAUUUGCAAUACACUCCAGCGCGUUUCUGCAAAAUGAUGAACGACCCCAUGGAGCACGCUACCGGUUUGGAAAAGCGUGAACUUUUGGCCAAGGCCGCUGGUAACGAUAAUCCCUUCGACAUGAAAGUGUUCAAACGUGGCGCUGGCACCAAAGAAAGCCCCAAUCUGAUACCAUCAGCAUUCGAUGCCCGUAUUGUGGGUUGCAUCUGCGAAGAAGAUCAAACCUAUGUACAAUGGAUGUGGCUGCAAAAGGGCACACCAAAACGUUGCGAAUGCGGCCAUUGGUUCAAAUUGGUUGAGAAGGCUCCUGUUUAAAUCAAAUUAUAAAAUAAACUGCUAAUUUCAUUUUAAUAAGCAAAAAGUAACCAAAUAAAUUCACAAAAACCAACUACAAAACACAAAAGUAAUAGUGAAAUAAAAACCGAAAACUUAAUGCAAGUAUAUCAACGUUUGAAAGAGUUGCAAGCUAUGUUGGAUGUUGCUUUGCUAAAGCCAAAAAAUCACCACUGGCUUAGAAUUAAAUAAUUAAUAAAUGAAAUAAGAACACUGUAAUAUUUAAUGUUAAUUGUAUGUAAUGAAUAGAACACAUACUGCAGUGUUUAAGAGAAA